AUGCGUUUCAACAUCUUCGUUACGUUAUUCGUGGCCACGUUUAUCGUGAGCUGCGACAGCUUCAUCAGUGCCGAAACGUAUUCUCUGGACGACCGGACUUUUGAUAGCACUGAAGUGCACCACCUUCGUGGAAAUGACGAUAUCCAAGAGGAGAGAGGACCACCAAAUGUAGUAGAAGGAAUAGCAGAACAAGUAGUUUCAAGCACGACGAAAGUUUUUGGCACUAAAACUGAAAUGGAAGUUCUUGCUGAAGAAAAAGAGAAGUUGCAGAAAACGGCUCUCGAAUUAUUAGACCGAAGUGGCCGAAAGAAUAAUGUAACAAAGCAUAAGGUUCCGUACGAGAAAUUGGCACUUCUUCUAUUGGGUGCUGCGGUAGCUGGUACUACUGGAUUUGCAGUACACCAUUUGAUGUCAGCAGCUUAUGACCCGAAGACUGCAGCUCCUCCAACGACGAAAACGACCACUACAGGCUCGGCUUAG